UUAAGACAAAUUAAACUUUUAAUUGUUAAACUUUUCGUCGUCUCAUCUUUAAUUUAAUUGGAUUUAAUUAUUUUAUAAUUGAACAACACUGUAAUCAAUUGGUGAUUUGGUUAAAUUAGAAAGUAAAACUCAACCACUUGUGCCUUAUGAUAUUGGACAAACUCGAGUGAUUUGAAAAUGUUUGUCACUUUAUCUGAAUGUUAAAUUAUUUUGAUUGGAAUCAAAAUAACUUUGCCAAUUCCAAUAGUUCACUAAUUAUGGUUACCAAGUUAAAGAUUUCAAUAUGAGCCGACACACAACACCUUCACCAGUUUUCUCAGAUUCCUCUGGAAUCAGUGAUAAAUAUUCAGAUUGUUCAUCUAACGAUGAGUCUUCGUUGAUUAAAUCUGAAUGGCCUCCAUUGAAAUAUAUGUUAAUCAUUUUUAUCAUAUCAUUUACCAUUUAUUUCAAUUCAUUAUCAUGUGGUUUCGCUUUCGAUGACAUCCCAGCAAUUAGAGAUAACAAAGAUCUUAAACCAAGCACUCCGAUCAUAAACCUUUUCUCCAAUGAUUUUUGGGGUACAUCAAUCAGAAAGGAACACAGCCAUAAAUCAUAUCGACCACUGACCGUCCUUACAUUUCGCCUUAAUUACCUUUUUGAUGAACUCAAUCCAUUUGGUUAUCAUCUAGUUAACAUUUUAAUCCACUCAACAGUCUGUUUACUUUACUACAAACUUUGUUUCACCUUCAUGCCUAAUUCAGCAAGUCUUGUUUCAGCUCUCAUCUUUGCUGUUCAUCCAAUUCAUACUGAAGCAGUUACUGGAGUCGUUGGAAGAGCUGAAACCUUAUCAUCUCUUGUCUUCUUAACAGCUCUAUUAUUAUACAUCAAAAGUACAAUCAGCAACAAAAAUUCUUCCUGGACUCCCGUUACAUUGUCUCUUCUUUUGGCUGGUGUUGCCACUUUCUGUAAGGAACAAGGUAUCACUGUACUCGCUGUUAUGGCUGUUUACGAAGUUAUGAUUCUUCACAAGGUUAACUUGGAUAAUCUGAAAAACUAUUUAUCUAUUAAAUCACUCCAAUCGAACCGGAUGAAAGGCCACUUGUUACGAUUAAUCCUGAUCGCUAUUUCUAUUGUAAUAUUACUUUUGAUUCGAGUUCAUAUUAUGGGAUCACAAUUACCGAUUUUCACAAAAUAUGAUAAUCCUGCUGCAGUAGCAUCUUCACCUACUCGGCAAUUAACCUUUAACUAUUUGCUGGUUGUUAACAGUUGGUUACUUUUAUAUCCAAUGAAUUUACUUUGUGAUUGGACCAUGGGAACAAUUAAUCUAAUUGAAUCUAUUACCGAUAUUCGUAAUCUUACCACAAUUGCCUUCUACAUAAUCUUAGCCAAACUUUCAAUCAAAUGUUUGCUCAAUCAUAGAGAAAGAGAUAGAAAUAUUUUAAUUAUGUCGCUCAGUCUAAUUGUAUUUCCAUUUCUUCCUGCAUCAAAUUUAUUUUUCCCUGUUGGUUUUGUGAUUGCUGAAAGAAUUUUAUAUUUACCUAGUAUGGGAUUUAUCAUGUUAAUCUCUUAUGGAUGGUAUCUUUUAUCCUGUAAAUUGCGAAACACUAAUCCUAAUCUUGAAAUUUAUCCAAACAUAUAUUGGUCCAAAAGUUUACUCCAUGGUUCCCUGGUUAUCCUGCUAUUAUCAUUCUCAGCUCGAACUUGGCUUAGAAACUACGAUUGGACAUCAGAAUAUACUAUUUUCACCGCUGGUCUGAAAGUUUGUCAGACCAACGCAAAGCUUUACAAUAAUGUUGGUCAUGUGUUUGAAAGUCAAGGAAAAUAUCGUGAAGCCCUUGAGUACUUUUUAAAAGCAUCGACAAUCCAACCCGAUGAUUUAGGUUCACAAAUGAAUGUUGGACGAACUUACAACCAUUUGGAAAUGUACGAUUUAGCUGAACAAUAUCUUCUAACUGCUAAAAGUUUACUCCCUCGUCCGAAAACGGGUCAACAAUAUCAAGCGAGGAUUGCACCUUCUCAUUUAAGCGUUUUCGUUAAUCUUGCUAAUCUAAUAUCUCGAAAUAAUUCAAGAUUGGAAGAAGCCGAUUCACUUUAUCGUCAAGCAAUUUCCAUGAGAUCUGAUUACACUCAAGCUUAUAUCAAUCGUGGUGAUAUUCUGAUAAAACUAAACAGAACUCGAGAAGCCCAAGAAGUUUAUGAAAAAGCUUUACAAAUAGACCCAACUAAUCCCGAUAUUUAUUAUAAUCUUGGUGUCGUUUUGUUGGAGCAAAGGAAACCCACUCAUGCUUUAUCCUAUUUUGAUCAAGCUCUUAAAUUGGAUCCAUAUCAUGAGCAAUCACUAUUGAAUUCAGCGAUCUUAAUACAAGAAUCGGGCGAUGAACGAGCUCGACCUUUGGCUAUUAAGCGUCUUAUUCAGUUAAUUGAAUUGAACAAAGCCAACGAACGAGUUUAUUUCAAUCUUGGGAUGUUAUCAAUGGACGAUAAAAAAUAUUUGACUGCCGAAUCUUGGUUUAAACGAGCAAUCGAAAGCCGUCCCGAUUUCCGAAGUGCACUUUUUAAUUUGGCCCUCCUUUUAUCGGACAGUAAUCGACCUAUGGAAGCCUUGCCUUAUUUGAAACAAUUACUCAAUUAUUAUCCUGAUCAUAUCAAAGGUCUUUUCAUUUUAGCUGAUAUUUAUGUUAAUACUGUUAAAAACAUUGACGAAGCGGAAAAAUGUUACCUCAAAAUUGUCUCACUUGAUCCUAAAAAUAUUCAAGGGCAACAUAAUCUUUGUGUUAUUUACGUUGAAAAGGAUAAACUUGAAGAUGCAGAGAAAUGUUUAGUUAAAGUUAGCUCACUCUCUUCCAAUCAGGAUUAUAUUGACAAGCAUUUACGGAUCGUUAGGAAUCGUAUUGCCAAAAAGAGGAUGUUAAACAAUGGAAACUCUGCUCUCAACGAUUCUUCAUCUUCUUCUUUUUCUCCUGAUUCAACUUCAAGAACAUGAAAUGAUCAUGUUUUUUCAUCAAUUCUUCAUCUUCUUCUUUUUCUCCUGAUUCAACUUCAAGAACAUGAAAUGAUCAUGUUUUUUCAUCAAUUCUUCAUUCUUCUUUUAUACUUUUUUACUUUUACUCUUCAUGACUACAACCAGAAUCAUCAACAACUUUGUUCACUUAUGAAAGUUGUUUUCUUGUCUGGGCUUCUCACCUAUUCAAUUUACUUUGAUGAUCAUCAAUCAACCAAUGAAUCUCUCACCAAGACACACAUUUAACCUUUCAACCAUCAAAAAUUAACAAUCAAAAAAAUCAUUAUUGACUGUUAAUUGUAAUCCUGAUUCACUGAUCAUGUAUUUUUUUUCUUGGUCUUUGUCUUUGAAUCUUGAGAUGAUUUAAUUUUUUGCCUCUGUUCCUUUAACAAUCAGAUUACUACAAUAAUCAACUCGUUAACUAGUCAUUCUGAUGAGAGAUAAUCCCAACUUUCACUUGUUAAAUCAAUUUGCAGCAACAAAGAAGUGUCCUAAUCAAUUAAAUUAUUAUCCAUUCCAUUUAUUAAUCUCUCAUGUGACCUAAAGUGUAUCUUUAAUUCAAUUGUAUUCUUACUAUUAAUAAUUCAUUGAUUAUUUUCA